AUGAAUUAUACGCAGCAACAAAUGCCAUCGAAUAUCAGUACAAUAGACUUGAAAGUGGGAGAGAUAGUUGAAUUCAUUAAUAAUCCUGAUAUAGAAAAAACAGCAGAUGUGGUUGCCUAAAUCUAGAAUUUAUCAAAUAUGUAGUUUGAUCUUUAAAUUGAAUAUCAAUCAUCUAAAUAUUGUGCACUAUCUGGAAUUUAAUUAAAUGAAACCAACCAGGACGAUAUUAUAUCGCAUGAUGGUUACUCAUUUUUAGCAUCCGAAAUUAGAGAAUAUUAUAGAAGAGGGGAAUUUUUUGAUAUUUCAAUUGGAGACUUAGAAUUUGAGUAUUAUGAUGGAAUCUCAAGGAUUCCUGUUUAGAUUGAAUUAACAUAAUAAUUGAUUAGCAAAGUCUUUUCGAAUUAUUAUGCUGAUUUCCCUCAAAAAUUUGAAGAGUAUUACCAAAAUCAAGAAUAACCAUUAGAAUUUAUUUGCCAAUAAACUCAGAAGAAAUAUUAUAUGUCAGAUAGAAUCAUAUAUAAUAAUCAAGAUGUGAGCAUCCAUUGGGCUUAAGAUAAUAUUCACUUAUUAGAUUCAGUCCAAAGCUAAUAUGUACAAGGAUAUUAGAAGGUGCUUUCUUAAAUUGCAUUGCGUUAUUGAACUUAUUAAGUAUUAUAAAUACUAUUAAGUAUUUUAAAAUACCUAAUGAAAUUAUAUAUAUUUAUAUAACUAUUUUAACAAUCAUGAUGUUCA